UUUCAGCCACGUCACCCAUGCUCUCGGACUUGGGCUCCACCCAGCAUGUUAGAAACCUGUGGAUAACUGGAUAUGGCGAUUUCUGGAGUAAUUCUGCAUCGCGCCGGCAAAAACCUUUAUCUUCGCUUUCACUGUGGGCUUCAGCUACUUUCUCCACUGAAAGCUCUAAUCAACCUGGAAGCAGCAAUGGCGCCGACGUUCUUACAUUGAGAGCGACAAGGAGAAAACUAAAUCUCUCACUUAUUGGAGUGACCCUGGUUCUUAAUGGGUCAUGGCCAGUCUGGUCCAGAACCGCCAUUUUGGCCGAAGAGGAGUUAAAGCUUGAAAGAUAUACCGAUCCCGAACAAGGGUUUACUCUGCUCAAGCCGCCUUCUUACACCAAGGUGGAAAAAGCAGGAGCAACUGUUCUGUUUGAGGAGAUGAAGAAAACAAGCAACAAUGUUGGGGUUGUGGUGAACCCAGUUCGUCUUAGUACCCUUACUGAGUUCGGGACUCCUGAAUUUGUUGCUGACAAGCUUAUCCAAGCGGAAAAGCGCAAGGAGAGUACAAAGGAGGCAGAGGUAAUUUGGGCGAAGGAACGAUCUGGACGUGGAGGCCUACCAGUGUAUGAAUUUGAGUAUAGAGUUGACAGUACGAGAGGAGGGAUUAAGAGGAUCUUCACGGCUGCAUUUGUUUCCUCUAAGAAGCUUUACCUCUUAAAUAUUGUCCAUUCCGACAACCCGGAGAAUCCACUUGAUGGUGGUACUAGGGUGAUGUUGGAAGAAGUUCUUCAUUCAUUUGACAUUGCACCUGUUACAUGACUUUGUAUUUUCCAUCAUUGAACCAUAAUGUCUUGGCAAUGCAUUCUUUGGAUUCGUUCUUUGUAUUCACAGUGAGAUUGGUUCCUAACAUAUAUUAUUAAGGAAUAAUAUGUUCCUUUUACUAAUGAAUUUUGUGAAUUCAACUUACGGAAAGGAAUUCAAGUGAUUUUUUUUUUCCUGUUGCUCCGAAGUACAUUUUUACCUUCAAAAUACGACUUUGCGAACACGGGAAGGUAGGAAUAACCAGACAGCUCCCUGUUACGAUUUGUUUAAUCCUCGAAACCUCCUUUUGCUAGACCAAGGUUUGCAGUUACAUGGCUGUAUGCGCAAGGAAGCGGCAGGGGAUUUCCAUGAUGGGUCAAGGAGAGGAUGGCACAGGACUGUUCAUCUCUUUUUAUUCUUUCCAAGGUAAGCUUUACAGGGCACUCUGGUCAUCCCCUAAUCAUUUGAUAUACCAAAAUGUGCAUGGAACGUAUCCACCACAAGUAAAAGUUCAACAAAAUCAAACAACUUAUCCAGUAUAUGCCAGUUUCUUCGGCAGUUUUUGGGCUACUUAUUUGUUUCCAAAUUUGAAACUAUUCCUUCAUUGUAGUUAAUGGAUUCCUUUCAUUGUACUGGUCAUCAUAUUUCUAUAAAUGCUUGAUUUUGAUCCAUAUUCCGUGCUUGUUUUUCUUAAUUGAGUUUCUGAGUCACUGUUGAAAGAAUAAGAGGAAACAUUUGUCUGUGUCGUUAGUUCCAUUAAUCGAAUGCGGGAAUAGGAUAAAGGAUCUGAAGCGCU